AUGGGUAGCUACUUGCUCCUCCACUUGCUCAAGCAAUGCACCAAGAAAUCAUGUGGUAGAGAAGGGAGGGCAACUCAUGCCAUCACCAUAAAUCUUGGUUUCGGACGUGUCAUUUUCCUUCAAACCGCUCUCAUAAACAUGUAUUCUAUGAUGGGGCAUCUCAAUGACGCCCACCGCAUGUUUGAUGAAAUUCCCUAUAGAAAUGUUGUCUGCUGGACUGCAAUUAUUUCUGCCUAAGUCGACAAUGGGAAGCCCAAUAAGGUGCUCAAACUCUUCAGACAGAUGCAGUUGGAGAACGUGGAACCUAAUCAGGUGACAGUGACAGUUGCUCUCUCUGCCUGUGCAGAUCUUGGGGCGCUAGAUCUAUGCCUCAAUAAUGCUAUCAUAAACAUGUAUGCAAAAUGUGGAGACGUUGGAACGACAAGGAUAUUGUUUGAUAGUGUAAGGCCAAAGGAUGUCACAACUUGGACAUCCAUGAUUGUGGGUCAUGCUGUGCAUGAGCAAGCAGAAGAAGCUCUUAGGCUUUUUGAAGAAAUGAAUAGGAGUAAGAGCAAGAGGAAGAUGAGGAAUAAAAACGAUGGUGAGCACUGGAGUGAUUUGAUUCUCCCCAAUGAAGUAACGUUCAUAGGAGUCCUGAUGGCUUGCAGCCAUAAAGGGCUGGUUGAAGAAGAGUGGCAACAUUUGGAAAGCAUGAGCAAGAAGUAUGGCUUGAAGCCUAGGAUAUCUCACUAUGGCUGCAUGGUAGAUCUGCUGUGUCGAGCCGGACUUCUUAAAGAUGCAUAUGACUUUAUUGUGAACAUGCCAAUCCAAGCAAAUGCAGUGGUGUGGUGCACCUUGCUUGGUGCAUGUAGCCUUCAUGGAGACACGGAGCUUGGAUUAAGUGUCCGACAACGACUGUUUGAGUUAGAUCCUAGCCAUGUUGGUGAUGAUGUAGCCCUGUCUAAUACAUAUGCUGCUGCAGGUUUAUGGGAUGACAAGUUGAUGGUGAGGAAUCAGAUACAACAUUGAAGGAUUCCUGGUUGCAGUUCAAUUGAGACAACAACAGGAGUCCAUGAGUUUGUCACUGCAGAUAGGAGUCAUCAUAUGAAGAGGGAGAUUUAUGAGGUUCUUGAAGGCAUGAUUAAGAACUUGAAGGCAUCUGACUAUAAUCCAGAUACACAGAACAUAAGGCUAAAUGAAUUAGAAGGUUAA